AUGGAUAUGAAUGUAGACCUCCUAUCAAAACCCAUCUUUGAAUCUUUCAUAAGAUAUAGCCCCACCCCAUCCCACCCCACCUCACCUCACCUCACCCCACCUGUUAUAUACAGUCAAAAAGAAAACAAUUUUUUUGACUCCUUGGACAUGCUUGAGGAUAAAAGUUUAAAAAUAGAAGAUGAUUCUGACUUGCCAUCAUGGUCAGGUGAUGAACGUGGUGUCAGGGUUCUUAUGAAUGUUCAUAGCUUUGGUGCUGUUGGAGAUGGAGUUUUUGAUGAUACAAAGGCCUUUGGAGAUGCAUGGAAGGAAGCAUAUUUUACAGAUUGCAUUCAUAGGAAGCAGUGCAAUAUAUAA